UCCAAGCCCCAACCAUUGACCAUCCAAGACUCAGCAAGCAGCCGCAAAAUGGCGAGAGGAGGUCUCGCCGCGGCGGCCGGCAGCGACCGCGUCCACGGCUACGGCGGCGGCCGCGUGACGCUCUCCGUGGUGGUCACCUGCCUCAUGGCCGCCUCCUGCGGCCUCAUCUUCGGCUACGACAUUGGCGUCUCAGGCGGUGUCACGCAAAUGGAGUCGUUCCUGGAGAAAUUCUUCCCGGAGGUUCUGACGGGCAUGAAGGGCGCCAAGCGCGACGCCUACUGCAAGUACGACAACCAGAUGCUGACGGCGUUCACGUCGUCGCUGUACAUUGCCGGCGUACUGUCGUCGCUGGUGGCGAGUAGGGUGACCAGGAGGGUGGGCCGCCAGGCCGUCAUGCUCACCGGCGGCGCCCUUUUCCUUGCCGGCUCGGCCGUCAACGCCGCCGCCGUGAACAUCGCCAUGCUCAUCAUCGGCCGGAUGCUGCUCGGCUUCGGUGUCGGCUUCACUGCGCAGGCGGCUCCGCUGUAUCUCGCCGAGACAUCGCCAGCCAAGUGGCGCGGCGCGUUCACCGCCGCCUACCACGUCUUCCUCGUCAUCGGCACGCUGGCGGCGACCGUCACCAACUACUUCACCAACCGCAUCCCGGGAUGGGGCUGGCGGGUCUCCCUCGGCCUGGCCGGCGUGCCGGCCAUCGUCGUCGUUGUGGGCGCCCUCUUGGUCCCGGACACUCCCAGCAGCCUCGUGCUCCGCGGAGACCCCGACAGGGCACGCGCGGCGCUCCAGCGCAUCCGCGGGGCGGACGCAGACGUCGGCGACGAGUUCAAGGACAUCGUCGUCGCCGUGGAGGAGGCUCGCCGGAACGAUGAGGGCGCGUUCGAGCGGCUGCGCGGCAAGGGGUACCGGCACUACCUGGUGAUGAUGGUGGCCAUCCCCACUUUCUUCGACCUCACCGGCAUGAUCGUCAUCGCCGUCUUCUCGCCGGUGCUGUUCCGGACCGUGGGAUUCGACAGCCAGAAGGCGAUCUUGGGCUCCGUCAUACUUAGCCUCGUCAACUUAUUCGCCGUCGUCGUGUCCACCUUCGUCGUCGACCGCGCCGGCCGCAGGUUCUUGUUCCUCGCCGGCGGCGUAGCAAUGAUGCUCUGCCAGGUGGCGGUGGCGUGGAUACUGGCGGACCAUCUGGGGAGGAACAACGCGACGACAAUGGCGCGGAACUACGCCAAGGGGGUGCUGGUGCUGAUGUGCCUGUACACAUGCAGCUUCGGCAUGUCGUGGGGGCCGCUCAAGUGGGUAGUGCCGAGCGAGAUCUACCCUGUGGAGAUCAGGUCGGCGGGGCAGGCCAUGACCGUCUCCAUCGCGCUCAGCCUCUCCUUCGCGCAGACGCAGGUGUUCAUCACCCUGCUCUGCGCCAUGAAGUACGCGAUAUUCAUCUUCUACGCCGGCUGGGUCCUCGUGAUGACGGUUUUCAUGGCGGCGCUCCUGCCGGAGACAAAAGGCGUGCCGCUGGAGGCCAUGAGGACCGUGUGGGCCAAGCAUUGGUAUUGGAGGAGGUUUGUUGGAGAUGCCAAGCAGGACAGCCAGGUCAACUGCCUGUGAAACUUAUUAGUACUGAUAAUGUUUACCCAGUAGCGAGUGUGAACGGACUCAAAUCAUUGGUGCGCAGGGUAUAUUGUGGUUGGCAUAUUAGUUUCAGAAGAACAAGCAAGACUUAUCACGGAUGA